ACCUGGUCAGGACACGUGUAACCAAGGGGUGCUUUCCGGUCGAAGAUACAUUGUGCUGACGGGAUCAUUUUUAAAACUUUCCUUCUGGGGACCAACUAGUGUUCUAGGGGCUGACUCUGGAUCAGCAUUCCAGUUUAUUGUCUACGCCAGACAUUUGGGUGUGGAGCAAGCCGGAAGUGGGUUGAAAAGGAAAGAGCUGAACCAAGCGGGCAGGGCAUAGUGAUUUAGAGACAGGGGAGAGAACGGACAGCAAAUCCCUUGUUAAGCCAAUUUUGAAUUCAUUCAUUCAUUUAUUCAUUUGAUUGAGCUUAAAUUAUAACCGCGUGCAAUUGAAAGAAUUCGUCCCAUUUUUCACAGCGGAAGCCAAUGAAUUAGGACUGUUAGCUUGCCACGUCUGUAGAAUAAAAAAAACAUUUUUGCGUCUUCCUGGUAAAUGUUAGCAGCAGAAACUAUUUAAAACAUCUAACCGGAUUAGGCUACUUUGAAAACACGAAUUUUGGACGAAAUUCGGUUAGACCAGUGUCAAUCUUAAAUGCGUUAUUGAGUGUCCCUGCUGUUUGGAGGAAGAACGCAUAUUCCCACGCCACUACAAUCAACGUUUGACCAUUUGGCAGGGCGUUGCUGCUUUUUUUCCUCCCGUUCUGAAGAACUCGUGCCGAAGUUAUAAAACUUUUUUAAGGAAGGGGAAACAAACUAACUAGGACUAACCCACUCUCACAAACAAAAUAAAAUGUCUGGAAACAACAGUAUCGACGCAGUUAAGCGAAAGAUCAAAGUUUUACAGCAACAGGCAGAUGAAGCCGAAGAGCGAGCUGAACUUCUUCAGAGACAGGUCGAGGUGGAGAAAACAUCAAGAGAACAGGCUGAGGCUGAAGUUGCUUCCCUGAACAGGCGUAUCCAGCUGGUUGAGGAGGAGUUGGACAGGGCCCAGGAGAGACUGGCGACCGCUCUGCAGAAACUGGAGGAGGCAGAAAAGGCUGCAGACGAAAGUGAGAGGGGCAUGAAGGUGAUUGAGAACAGGGCCCUGAAGGAUGAGGAGAAGAUGGAGCUACAGGAGAUCCAGCUGAAAGAGGCCAAGCACAUUGCUGAGGAGGCUGACCGCAAGUACGAGGAGGUGGCUCGUAAGCUGCUGAUCAUCGAGGGGGAUCACGAGCGCACGGAGGAGAGGGCAGAGCUUGCUGAGGCCAAAGCCAGGGCCCUGGAGGAGGAGCUGAGAGGUUUCGACCAAUCGCUGAAGUCCCUGCAGGCCUCUGAAGACCAGUACUCCCAGAAGGAGGACAAGUAUGAGGAAGAGAUCAAGAUCCUGACUGACAAGCUCAAAGAGGCUGAGACUCGUGCUGAGUUUGCUGAGAGGUCUGUGGCCAAGCUGGAAAAGACCAUCGAUGAUCUGGAAGAGAGACUGGCCAAUGCCAAGGAGGAGAAUCUCAAGAUCCAUGCCACCCUGGACCAGACCCUGCAGGACCUCAACAGCUUCUGAGAACCCCCCCCUCCCACUUCUCUCUUUCUGUCUCUCCUUUCUCCUCACUCUGUUGUUGGGGAUUUACCCUUGUGAUGCUGAAGCAUGCCAAAACCACUAUUUACUAUGACACCUUUAUUCUCAACAGCUUUGAUUGUUCUUGUUACAGAGCACAUCAAUGUGACACAUUGUGGAAGGGCUUGCCUUUAUCCAUUGGAAUGGUCUUUAAUAGGGACACUCUGUAAUAUUUAUGUGGUCUACAAUGCCAUCUUCUCCUUGCUUGAAUGUGGCUAGCAUGACUGCCUUUAAGGAUUCCUUGCCAAGUUAACGAGAACACGGUCAGUCAUCUCACCCAUAGAAUAUCACAUUUUGGUUUCUAUCCAUUCAAGAUCAACCAUAGAAAAUGGGGAAACGGUGCACAUGCUUUUUCUAGCCUUUUACUACAUAGGAUUAUUCACUUCUGACUUCAGUCCUGCCGUUGUAUUCCAUGGACUGGUUCUGUUUUCUUCUGUAUCACCUUCCUUUAAUGACUAAACCCUCAAAGUUCACAAAUCUGAAAGUGCUGAAGUGGUAAGCGAGAUUGAAGAAGCUCCACUUGGUCUAUCAGAGGGCUGGGCCAUCACUACGUUGCUUUGGCCUUUGCAAUCCUUUAUGAUUAGUAGACACCAAAAAAGAUUAGGGGAUAGGGUCCAUAAUGGAACUAGGCUUCUUUCCGUCCUUAUAUACAGUAUAUCCCUUUUAUCCCGCCCUUUGCCUACUUUACACCAAUAUAGUCUGGGACAAAAAACACAUUGGGUGGUCUGAAUUUGAUGAUGUCCAAGCGGUAUCAUGCAACCAAGUUAGUUGUUUUUGUGUUUUUCAUAUUCCUUGGGGAUAUGCAUAAUUUGUUUAUGAUAUUUUGCCUAAUGUAUGUGUUUUCUCCUACUGAAACCAUAGCCACAAUCAAAAAACAGUGCUGCACUUGUAUGACACUAAUUAUUCGGCCUCAACUCUCCAAUUCUGAACUUUUUUAAGCGAAUUGGUCUUUUGACCUAUUACAUCAUAUUUUCCAGAGGUUAUUGGUCAAAUUAUAUCAGAAUUGGGCUGCCUGUUAAUGCAGCCUUUAGUUUGAGAAGUUUAUAGUGAGGUUGUUGGGUUCACAAAUCAAUGGCUAUCACUUUGCCAGUACCAUGCCAAUUAUAGAAAAUGGGUGGGGGAUUUAAACCUAUACUUUAAGUAGGAUUUAAACUACAACACGUAAAAUAAUUCAACUCAAUGUUUUAACUGGAAAUUCACCAGAGAUGUAUAACCACUUUGUUUGUCUUGUUCCAUUGUAAUGAUAUUUUCUUUGUUGAAUAAAGACCAUGAUUUUUACUGCCAUACAAAA